AAUGCGGUUAGACAUAAUUUGUCGUUGCACAAGUGUUUUAUGAGGGUUGAAAAUGUUAAGGGUGCUGUAUGGACCGUUGAUGAGUUAGAAUUCUACAAACGGCGCCCGCAACGUUCAACGACUGCUGCCGCUGCUGUUGUAUUUUCUUCAUCAUCAACAUCGUCAUCUUCGUCCUCCGCAGCUAAUACAUCAGCUUCGUCUUCAAUUGUUGGAUUAAUGAAUAAUAGUAAUGUUUUUGGUUUUGGGUAUGUUUUCAACAUCCAUUUGUGACCCUUGGCAACAUUUUUUU